GGUGCCGGGGCGGUGUCCCCGCGGUGCUGCCGGGCCGGGGCGGUGCCCCCGCUCUGACGGGAUCCGGUGCGACGGCGGCCGCGCCAUUUCCUGCGGCGGGGCCGGGGAUGGCGGCGCAGGACGUGCUGGGUCAGACCGCCCGGCUGGCCUCGUCCAGCGCCCUGCUGCAGGUGCUGUUCCGGGUGGUCACCUUCGCGCUGAACGCCUUCACGCUGCGCUACCUCUCCAGGGAGCUCAUCGGCGUGGUCAAUGUCAGGCUGACUCUGCUGUACUCCACAGUUGUCUUCCUCGCCAGGGAAGCAUUUCGAAGAGCUUGUUUGAGUGGAAGUACAAAGAGAAACUGGACCAAAACAAUUAAUCUCUUGUGGCUGACAGUCCCUCUUGGUGUUUUUUGGUCUGUUUUCUUGGGCUUAGUCUGGCUACACUUGCUCGAAGUCCCUGAUCCUUCUGUGGUUCCUCAUUAUCAGGCUGGUGUGGUGGCAUUUGGCCUUUCUGCAAUUGUUGAACUUCUGGGAGAACCGUGCUGGGUUUUAGCACAAGCUCAUUUGUUUGUGAGACUCAAGGUAAUUGCUGAAAGCCUUUCAGUGGUAUCAAAAUGCAUUUUGACGGUUACUUUAGUAAUCCUUUAUCCUCAGUGGGGCCUUUACAUUUUUGCCUUGGCUCAGCUUUUAUAUGCCACUGUUCUGGUAAUGUGCUAUGUAACUUAUUUUGUGAUGUUUUUGGGAUCACCUGAAGCAACAAAAAAGUCAUUUCCAGUUGCUAGAGUGAAAGCUCUGUUACCUAACUUUGUGGAAGAUGAGACCUUUGUCAACUGGAAGGAAGCACGUUUGACCUGGAGUUUCUUCAAACAAUCCUUCUUGAAACAGAUUUUGACAGAGGGUGAACGAUAUGUGAUGACUUUUUUGAACGUGUUAAAUUUUGGAGAUCAGGGUGUAUAUGAUAUCGUGAAUAAUCUUGGUUCACUGGUGGCCAGGUUUAUCUUUUUGCCUAUUGAGGAGAGUUUUUAUGUCUUUUUUGCUAAAGUGUUGGAAAGAGGGAAGGCUGUAAAGGAUCAGAAGCAGGAUGAUGUUGCUAUGGCUGCAAAUGUAUUGGAAUUGCUGUUGAAGCUUGUGCUCCUGAUUGGCCUUACCAUCACUGUUUUUGGCUAUGCCUAUUCUCAGCUGGCUCUGGAUAUUUAUGGAGGUUCAAUGCUCAGUUCAGGAACAGGUCCAGAUCUCCUCCGGUGUUACUCGUUAUAUGUCUUAUUUCUUGCUGUCAAUGGAGUAACAGAAUGUUUUACAUCUGCUUUGAUGUGCAAAGAAGAGGUGGACAGGUACAAUUUUGUUAUGCUGGCCCUGUCCUUCAUAUUUCUGUGCAUCUCUUAUUUCCUGACCCACUGGCAUGGCAGUAUAGGCUUUAUCCUUGCCAACUGCUUUAACAUGGGCAUUCGAAUCGCUCACAGCAUCCACUACAUCUAUGAUUACUUCAAGGAGAGCACUUACAGGCCUCUGACAGGUUUGCUUCCCUCUCCCUUUCUGGUGCUGGUUUAUAUCAUCAGUGGAGUCAUCACUGGUUUCUCAGAGGUGGUGUUCUGCUGUGAUAAGGGGUGGAUGGCAAGGCUGAUCCACAUCGGUGUGGGCUCUCUGUGCUUUGCAGCAACCGUUGUGACGAUGUUCUGCACAGAGACCAAGCUGAUCCACUUUGUGAGAAGCCAGUUCCUCUCCCGGUAUUUGAAGAAAGGAACAUGACAUGCUCCUGUGCAGAACAGUUCUUGUAUGUGCUUGCAGUAAAGAGAAGUAUUUUUUUCCAUAAGAUCUGUAUGGGAAAAAGGUUUCCACACGUGUUUGGAAGCACUGAUAUUGGAGUGGCAAUGUAGAAGAUUGAAUAUUAUUUUGUCUUCUGAACUGGUCAGUACGGUGAAAGAGAGAUGAGUAAUUUUCUCUUUAUUCACUAUUAUUUUCCAAGCUUUUCUUCAAACAGCCUCGUGGGUAAUGAAUGAAGAUCUAAGAUGCACCUUCUGACAUAACCUGGCUGACAGACUUCACGUAGAGAGCUCCUGUUCCUACCAGUGGGGAGUGUGUGUGUGAAGGCAUGAGGGGGUUUAUAUCAUAAGGUGUACUUAAGAAUGCCCUUAUUUGGCACAGAGGGGCUGCUUAACUGGUGAGAAAAUGAUCUGACCAAAACAAAACCCAAAAAAACCACACUAAAACCCAUUAAACAAAACAAAAGCUGAGGAAAACACUGGGACAAGGACCAAAAGCAAUGUGAGUGUUGCUGGAGCAGGACACAGUGUGGUGCAGAGGGAUUGAGUUGUCAGUGUUUUGUAGUGUAAAGCAGGGACCAGAAAGUCCUGACGUUUACAAGUGAAUUAGUGGAAUGCACAGCGUGUGUCCGUGCUGGCUCUGUGGGAUUAUUGCACUCAGCAUAUCCCUCAUUUCUGAGGGCAUUGAUUAACUUGUCAAAAAUACUCUGAAGCCUCAGCUGAAAGGAGAAGGAGGGUUUGAGCAGUGUCUUGUAGGAGGUGUUAAGUACAAUCACACUAAUGCUGAAGUUCCAGAAGGUUAAUCGUAAAACUUUCUUCUUUCGUUCCAUUGUUUUUUGGUUUUGUCUGAGAUUUUAAAGGCCAGCAUGAACACAUAUGUCUCAAUAAAAUUUAUUUUGUUCUAUCUGUAAAAAAAUCUGAAUGUUAAAUAUAUUUAUUAAGAUUUUUUACAAGGGUUUAUGCACAUUGAAGCUUUCUUUAUUGGGUAGAAAAUACUUUUCCUUGCAACAUUUUCCUCACAUCUUGUUCAGUCUUAACCUUCAGGUUGAUUUUUUUUUUUUUGAAUUGUUGAAAAUUUGGGCAUUCAGCAGUUGCAAAAUUUGAUUUUAGGCUGCUGGUUUAGGUUUAGUAAUGGUGAAUUUUAUUGCUGCUCUAAGAUCGGAAUUUGGCAGCUUCAGAAUGUACAAGGGGCAGGUUUAUAAUGAUCAGGGUUCCCUUUGCAGUGUUUGGAUGGCCCAAAAAGUGUCAAACGGUGAAAAAUGUCUGCUCAGACAUGUACAGGUGAAAGCUUUUAGUUUAAUUAUGUAGCAACUCUGCAGGUCCUCUGCUUAAAAAAAAUAAAUCACUGUAAUGGCACUGUGGAGUUCAUGCAGGUGACCACAGUGCCCAGGGUGAAAGGCUUUCUGGUAUCAGGGCCUUCAGCUUGCUAAUCAGGAAUAGUUUCUGAACUCUGGUAAUUCCCACUUGGAAAACAUUGCCAAAGAAACUCAAUGUGUCAAUCUGGUGAUUGAAAAAUGAUCCCAGAGGAGCCAAAAUGUAAGAGUGGGAGGGAAAGGUGCACGUCCUCAGCUAAGGGCAGUGUCUCUGUUGCCUGGCUGGAAGGGAGUAGGUAGAGACUUUGCUGAUUCUUCUAAAGCUGUUAUAAAAUCCAUCAAAAUAAAACAAACUCUACGUUAUUCUGUCCUGUUAAUUGAGUUUGGUGGUUCUUUGCCUUUUAAAUUUUUCUCUUCUGAGUGGUCUGGCAGGUUUUUUUCUCAUUUCUGUCAGAGGUGGAGUUUGUUUUCAAGUAUAGCUCCAUAUAUUGCAAGAGGGUUGAAACUGCUUUAUUAUAAACUGUUCAGUUUCUUUUUCUUUACUCCUUCAUAGUACAAAAAACACAAGAUAAUUGAACCUAUGGACUGUUUUUUAGGGUAUGUCUUUGGGACCUUACUGUGGAAAUAAUUCAAUCUGUACAGUGAAUUUUUAUAACUGCUUGGAAUGAGAUAUUUUGUAUAGCCCUGCACUUGAAGUGCUUUGGAGAUUGAAGAACUUUUCAUGCAAAAUGAGCUUGAAUUCCUGCUGCCUUGUCUAGUCCUACAGUCCAGCUGGACACUGACAGUACUUCUGCUACUUACAGUGUCAUAAGUAGGGUGAUGUGAGAUCUCACUGUUCAAAGGGCUGUCUAGUCUCAUAAAUCUUUUUUAACAUAAAUGCAUUGUAUGCAUUUAAAGACAAGUUAGAUUUUUAAAGCAAUUUGUUUUAUUUCCUAUUGGAAGGGCUUACAAGUGUCUCUUGCAUCUCAAAUGAGUGCAAUUUCAUGCGAAUCAGGAAGACAUUUAAGGUGGCUUAAUGAUUGCUCAUUUGCAAAUUAAGGCCCCAUUCCUCAUUUGAACAUCAUCUGUAAGCAGUUCAGUAAUGGUUGACUGGGUUUUGUGAUGUGGGAUGUUUUAUUUUUAAUAUAUUUUAUGUGGCAGGAAACUGCAAGGAGAGUCGGGAAGUAGAGACCCAUGAAGCUGUCUCCUGGUUUCUUAUUUAUCUGUGUGAGCCUUAAUGUGACAGCUGUUAAUUGCUUUAUUGGUAAAGCAGUAAACUGUCAGACUCAGGGACAAAGUUGAGAUUGAACUUGACCAUGUUUCCCUUUUGUUCGUAGUUCUGUUAGUCUGUUAAAGGCACAAUUGUCUAACAUUUCAUGAAACUGUUUUGCAGUGUUCUGAAGUCUUUUAGUUCAAGCCGAAGGAGAAUUAAAAAGUUUUCUUUGUAGAAAAAGUGAUGACUCUGUGGUUUGUGAUGUGUUUUGCUUAUUGGUUGGACGAGUGGCUUCCAAAAAACUGUAAAAUAUAAUGGUUAUAUAAUAAGGUAACACCAAAUAAAAUUUAUUUCCUUUAC